GGGCGGACGUGGAAAGACAGUAGAGAGGCAAGUGUCUGCAGAAGGAAUAUACAGUAACCACCGUUUUAUACAAGCCGUGGGAGUUUUGGUUGGCCUCCCAGUACAGAUUCAAACUAAGACAAAUGAUUUAAUUGAAGGAGUGUUUACAACAUUUAGUCCCAAUUUUGACCUGGUGUUAGAUAUGGCUCACCCAGUGUCGCGGUCAGACCCAGCUCACAUUAAUCCAGAAACUGUUAAACGGAAGAUGAUUUUUACAGCACCAGAUAUAGUAACUAUCAAGGUGGCAAAUGUUGACCUAGAAUAUGCUACUAGAGAUGGGUUUCAAGUAGAUACGACCAUUAGCCGAUUUAAUGGUCAAGUGAGUGAGAAGCCGCUAGAGCCAUGGCAAGGUGAUGUUACAACAGAAGAUAGCCUUACUUUAGGAGAUGAAAGUUCGAAUGGAUGGGAUGUGGAUGAUAUGUUUAGGAAGAAUGAAGAAAAAUAUGGUGUAACUACUUCCUACACACCUGACAUGGUUGGAUAUACAACUCCACUCAAUAGACGUAACACACGGGAAUACAGAGAGCGGGAAGCUAGAGCAACUAUUAUUGCUGAAGAAAUUAUGAGUUCUCCAGGAGCUAGAAUGCGAGCUGAGAUGGAGAACGGUGAUGAAGAGGAUAAAUUUUCAGCUGUAUAUCGGCCAGAUCAAGCUAGUGGUGGAAGCGGAGGAGGUGGAGGCAAGUAUGUACCACCAAUGUUACGCAAAAAGAACCAAAAUAGUGGCAAGUUGAUGCGAUCAACGCCGCCACCUCAGGGCGCUCGACACAACAGUCAUGGUGGUUCCAACCCGACCACACCCACCUCACCAUCAUACCCAGGUCCUCCCCAGGGAAGUUCUGGCAGCCAUAGCCCAAUUGGUGGCCCUGGAGGUGCUUCACCAGGUUAUCCUCCUCCACAACAAGUUUCACCUGCAACCCAUAGUCCCUCCCCAGCAAGUCACCCAGCAGUGCAACGCCAUAACUCCCAAGGCAAUCACCAUGCCCAUACUCAAGAUGGCAAGGUCAAUGGAGAUUCAAAAGGAUCUUACGACCGCAGAAGCCAUGAAGGUCCCAUGUGUGAGAACAACAGAGAGAGUCAUCAUAGUAAUGAGCACAGUAACAAACAAGAGCUUCAUGGCCGUCAGCACCACUCUGCCUCUCACUCAGAUGGUGCUCAUCCCAAUCAGCCACAGCAGAAGCCGAAGCAGCCUCCUCCACAACAUUCACAUCAGCCCAACCAACAUGUGAGCCACAUGCCACCAGUGGGGCAGGGUGACCAUCGCAAAGCGGAACCUCGGGAGCAGAGGGAGCCUCGUAAACAGCGCUCCAACAAGGACGAACAGAUUGCAGACUUGAAGAAAUUUGGUGCGGACUUCAAAUUGAUUGAUCAAGCCGAUAAAAAACAGCCACAACAGCAACAACAGCAGCAGCAGCAGCAGCCUCAGCAACAGCCACCACAGCAGCAGCAACCUCAACAGCAGCAGCCUCAGCAACCACCUCCUCCGCAGCAGCAACCGCCGCCUCAACAACCACCACCUCCACAGCAGCAGCCACCACCACAACAGCAGCCACCUCCACAGCAGUCGCAGCCACCACCACCACAGCAACAGCCACAGCAACCUCCACAGCAACAGCAGCCACCUCCACCAUCUCAGCAGCAACAGCAGCAGCAGCAGCAGCAGCAACAACAGCAGCAGCAGCAGCAACAACAACAACAGCAACAACAGCAACAGCAGCAGCAACAUCACCAACAGCAGCAGCUGCAGCCUCAGCCUCAACCCCAGCACCUUCCUCCCCAGCAGCAUCCACCUCAGAGGCAGACAUCCCCGGUUACAACACCUGUCCCUGCUGGUCCUCCUCAGGCAGUGCCCCAGAGCACUCACCACCAGCAGAAUCCUCCUCCAAUGACCAUGAGCCCAGCAACUGACAUGAGCAAGAGUCACGAUGAUGUGGAGAAGAUAACUGUAUCUAACUCUAAAUUGAAUCCAAAUGCAAAGGAGUUUAUAUACAACCCAAAUGCAAAACCCUUCAGUCCAAGAUCACCUAGCACAACCACCCCACCAAGGCCUCACACCCCACAGACACCUCAGAUCCCAACAAACCAGCUGCAACAGAUGGCAGGAGGACCGCCUGUGGGUUACCAGCCAACAGUGAUGUCAGCAGCUUACGUCAUGACUCCCCAGCCAUUUGCUAUGCAGCCUCAGCCACCUAGAUUUCCCAAAAGAG